UUGAAGAAUUCUCAUCAAUUCAGUUCCGUGAUUCUGCGGAAACGAAGACGAAGUAGAAGACCUAGAAGGAGGAGAGAAAUCGAGACCAAGUAACAGUGAGAGAAACCCUAGAAUUUGUUUUGGAGGCGCCGAAAUGGCGGUGUUGGGAGAGCUGCAGAUUUCGCCGUCGGAUCACGACCCUCAAGGUCAGGUGAAGCAGCAGCAGGCCGCCGGAGUCGGGAUUCUUCUGCAGAUCAUGAUGCUCGUGCUCUCCUUCGUCCUCGGACAUGUCCUUCGCCGUCACAAGUUCUAUUAUCUUCCCGAAGCUAGUGCCUCUCUUCUCAUCGGGUUGAUCGUCGGUGGUUUAGCAAACAUUUCGAACACGGAGACAAGCAUAAGGGCAUGGUUCAAUUUCCAUGAAGAAUUCUUCUUUCUGUUUCUGCUUCCACCGAUCAUAUUUCAGUCAGGGUUCAGCCUACAACCCAAACCUUUCUUUUCCAAUUUUGGGGCCAUUGUCACCUUUGCCAUCCUUGGAACCUUUGUAGCUUCCAUUGUUACUGGCUUACUGGUGUACCUUGGCGGUGCGAUGUACCUCAUCUACAAACUUCCAUUAGUUGAGUGUCUCAUGUUUGGUUCGCUUAUCUCAGCUACAGAUCCUGUCACUGUCUUGUCCAUAUUUCAGGAGCUUGGCACAGAUGUGAACUUGUAUGCACUGGUGUUUGGGGAAUCUGUUUUAAACGAUGCUAUGGCAAUAUCCCUGUACAGGACAAUGUCCUUGGUGAGAAGCCACUCAUAUGAGCAAAACUUCCUUAUCGUGAUAGUCAGGUUUCUCGAGACAUUUAUUGGCUCGUUAUCUGCAGGGGUUGGAGUUGGAUUCACUUCUGCUCUGCUUUUCAAGUAUGCUGCUCUAGAUAUUGACAACCUGCAGAACUUGGAGUGCUGCCUCUUUGUGCUUUUUCCAUAUUUCUCGUACAUGCUUGCUGAAGGUGUCGGCCUAUCUGGCAUUGUAUCUAUUCUGUUUACUGGAAUUGUCAUGAAGCAUUACACCUACUCAAACUUGUCUGAAAAUUCUCAACGAUUUGUUUCUGCAUUUUUUCAUCUGAUAUCAUCACUCGCAGAGACAUUUACGUUUAUUUACAUGGGCUUUGAUAUUGCCAUAGAAAGGCAUAGUUGGUCACAUCUUGGGUUCAUAUUUUUCUCCAUUCUGUUUAUCGGAGUUGCAAGGGCCGCUAAUGUCUUUGGAUGUGCAUAUUUGGUCAAUUUGGUGCGACCUUCACAUAGGAAAAUUCCAAUUAAACAUCAAAAAGCACUUUGGUACAGCGGACUUCGAGGGGCUAUGGCAUUUGCGCUUGCUUUGCAAUCUAUUCACGAUCUCCCAGAAGGACAUGGCCAAACCAUAUUCUCAGCAACCACAACCAUUGUUGUUCUGACGGUUUUGCUAAUUGGAGGAUCUACCGGUACAAUGCUAGAAGCCCUAGAGGUUGUAGGCGAUAACCAUGAUGCUGCCCUUGGUGAAGGCUUUGAAGUGAUGAACAAUCGUUACACUUUGACACGGUAUGACGAUGAAGUGUCAUCCUCGGGAAAUGGGUUCAGAACAAAGCUAAGAGAGUUCCAUAAGAGUGCCGCUUCCUUCACAGAACUAGACAGGAACUACCUAACACCAUUCUUCACAAGUAAUAACGGUGAUGAUGAUGAUGAUGAUGAUGAUGAUGACAAUGGUGAUGGCGAUGGUGAGCAACGCCAUGCCGAUCCAACUCGUGUUUCUAGAAGAGGAAGUUUUCGAAACCACAGCUAAGUAUCUCCAACGACUAAUCUACUUUCAGCACUUGUAUUAUGUAGUUUGCAGUAGCUGUGUACAUAAAUACAACGAAUGUUUCGGCCCGGGGAAUGAGAAAGCUCGAAAAAAUCCGAGAUGGAUGUUUUCGGGCUUUCUGGGGAUUCACGGGAAUGCAAAAUUCAGCCAUAUUUGGGAGCUACAGAAACAGUGGGGAGUAGUCAGAAUCUAAGGGUUCUUUGAUAGUUUUAUGUUCCUUUGUACUGAAGAAGUUUCAA